GCCACUGGAAAGCUGGACCCGGAUUAUCCAGAACAAGGCAAUGACGCGGUGUUCAAAUUCUUUAUUCAAUCCUCCUUCCUAUAACCUAUAAUACUCAGUCCACAAAGCCACAAAGGGCAAUCGCUCCAGAAAACGCGAAAACAACUCUAGCUAGCUAGCUAGCUGGAGCUCCCUUGGCCAUUUUGAAAAUAAUUUUGGAGGGAAAUCCUGCUUGCGAAAUCCUGCUUGAGGGUUAACAUCCGGAACAUUGGGUAUUCAGGCUGGGUAUCUACCAUUAACACGUUAGGCUACUAGUAGUAUGAGAUGGGCACAACAACUGCACGGCCCAGCUGCCCUACAUGCUCCCUUGGACAUUGGUACUGGUACCGCCAAGAACCCCCAUCAACUCGAGCAGCAGGUGUCACUAAUUGGAUUUGUGAGAACCAGUAUGAACGGCACAGGCAGUCAGCUAAAAUCUAUUAGUCUAGUACCGGUACAUGUACAAUUGGACCGCUCCUACCUCAUUAUUUUAUUUAUUUUGUGACACCAGUGAGCAAGAAGAAAAGGUAUCAGACUACUUAGCUCCGAUCAGUUUUUUUGUUUUGUUUUGUUGGAGAGGUAUCUAAUAUCUGAUAUCUUACAAUCAGGCAAGAGCUAAUCAAGAGAGAGAGAUAAUAAGAGCUAGCUAUAAGUUAAGCUAAGUCAAGCCAAGUCAAGUCAAGCCAAGGAAGCAAGAGAUCAGCGGAAAAAGGAGAAUCAAGACCAUCAAGACCAUCAUAAUAAGAUAAGAUAAGACAAGACAAGAAGACAAGAAGGAGAAGAUGUCUCAACAUGUUGCGAAUCUGAUGCAGCAAAAGCCGGCUGAAACGGCUCGACCUCCCAAUAUCACGGAAGAAGUGGACGUGGAUGCGUCUGAUUUGAGUUUUCAAAUGGCCGAGGCCAAAUUCAACAAGGAGAUGAACGAGAAGGGUGUUUUUGACGAAGAUGAUGACGAUGAUGAUGAUCACGCGAAUGGAAAGAGUGGUGCCAACACCCAGAGCAACAAUACGAUCAAUACUGGCGGUGGUCCACCCAAAAAGCGUCGUACCACCAUCAAAUUCAACCCUGAAGUUACGAAACAAGGAGCCGGUGGUGUGAGAGAACCCAUCUUUCCUCCGUGGACCGCCUUUACCGACUUUGUCUUUCACAGUCUCGCCAAGAUUGUCACACGCGUUGCCGUUGCCGCUGCCAGGCGACCCGUUCCUGUCAUUCUAUUUGUCACGGUUCUUUCCAUUACUCUCGCAGCUGUGGGAUUCUUUACCAAUUUCGAAUUGAUUUUGGAUCUAGAACGAGUCUUUGCGCCCACUAACAGUCGACCUGGUCAGCACUACGAAUGGAUCCAAUCGCCCGAAGGAUUCCCCGAUCAAACGCGCAAGGUCAUUCUCCUCUAUCACAACGAUGGGGGCACCAUUCUCACAACGGGCGCCAUGGAUCGAGUCUUUGAGGGAGUCACUACCAUUCGCACCACACCAGGAUACCCCGAACUCUGUCAAAGAGGCGUUUAUGUCGAUUUUAAUGGCAAUGUCGAUUGUCGGAUCAUGUCCGCCACGGGCUACUGGACCAAUCACUCCACGCAAGUAUACCGCAACGAAUCGCUCGAUGACGCAGGAUUGCGCGAACGCUUGAGUGGAUACGAAUUUGCCAGUGGUGCACCCGUCUAUCACGAUGCCAUUCUCGGAAAUUGGGAACGUGGCGAAGGUGGAAUCCUAACAUCGGCACAAUCCUAUCUCGUCACGAUCGAUAUUCCCGAUAUUGAUACAGACGGUGUGACCAAUCAGUUUGAAAAGGACAUGCUCGAACGAUUGCAAGAUUUGCGCGAAAAGUAUAUUGCCGAAGAUCAAGCUUCCGGAGUGUCCGUGAGUACCAUGGAUGUCAUGACGCUGUAUGCGUACGAAUUGGAAUAUCAGCGUGCCAUUUUUGGAGAUUUGUAUUUGGUCGCUGUCGUGGCCAUGUUCAUGUGCGGAUUCGUCAUGAUCACAUUUGCGAGAUUUGGAUUCGGAGACGAUGGCGGACAAAAGUCGCGAGCAUUGUUGGGACUUUCGUCCGUUUACACCAUUGGAUGUUCCAUGUUGACGGGAAAUGGACUCAUGUUUUUGAUUGGCGUUCCGUUUACGACCGUGACGCAGAUCUUACCCUAUGUCGUCAUUGGAAUCGGGCUGGAUGAUACCUUUAUCAUUACGGGUGCCUACUUUCGGACGGAUCCAUCCCUCGAUAUCAUCGACAGGAUUACCAUCACCAUGGAAGAAGUCGCACAUUCCAUUUUACUGACGACCAUCACCACUACCUUUGCCUUUUUGCUCGGGCUACUCUCCAGUCUUCCCGGAGUCGUCUGGCUCUGCAUGUAUGCGUUCACUACCAUCGCAAUUGAUUUCGUGUACCAGAUUACGGUCUUUACGGCAUUCAUCGUGUUGGACGAACGGCGUAUCCAAGCUGGUCGAUGGGAUUGCCUUUGCUGUUUCAAGACACCACCCAAAGAGGAGAAAGAGCUGGAGGUGACCAACGUUGCAGAUGAAGUCAUUCCGGAGGAUGCCGAAUACAACCCAAUCGAAGGACGCGAAGCGGACAAUGGUGAUGCCGGUCGCCGCAGCAGCAGACGCCACAGCGGCAAGAAUGACCAAAUUUCGGUGCAAAUGAACAAGGUAGAAGCUCGAAGAUUGUCCCUCAUCGGCGACCACACGACACAAGAACCCGCCAGUCUUGGUCUACCCGAAAGAAUCAUGGCCAAGUACGCCACUUAUUUGUUGACACCGAUCGGAAAAGGUCUCGUGCUACUUGUCUUUGGUGCGUUCACUGGUAUCUGUGCCUGGAGAGCUACCUUGCUGACACAAGAUUUCAAGUUGGGAGACUUUGUCCCGUCCGAUAGUUAUCUGCGAGACAUUCUCUAUUCCUUUGAAAGCUACGCAUCCGUCAUCCGUCCAUUUGGACUCUACUACCGAUACAUGGACCAAACCGAUCCUGAUAUUCAACAACAAAUGAUUGACUAUUUGGAGGAUUUGGAAACGUUGCCAGAAAUCAGCAGCUCGAUUCCUGUAGACUUCAGCGGACAGGAGGAUUUCGUCUUGGGCGCCAACGUUACCGAAAUCCAACCAUUCUGCUGGGUUCGUGAUUUCCGGACUUUUGGUCCUAUUAUUGCGCAACAAUAUCCCCAAUUUGUCAACUGGCCCUUUACUACGCAACUAGCGGCAGCCAUGCAAGAUCCCGUCAUUCGUGAAGUCUACGGAAGCGAUAUUGUGAGGGAUGAGGAUGGAAACAUCACCGCUUCGCGCUGUUGGAUUUUCCUCUCCGGAUUGGAUUUGAAUUCCGUCGAUGCCCAGCUGCAAGUGUUGCACGAUCAGAGAGAAGUUGGAGCAAGGCAACCAUUAAACAAGGCUAAUCCAGACAAUUGGCGGAUGUUCCUGUUCGAUUCGAUCAUGCUCUAUUGGGAAGCCUACGAUAGUGCCCUGCGAGAGUUGUGGUUUACAAUCAUCACGGGAAUCCUGUCUUUGGCCGUGAUCUCCUUUUUGCUCAUCCCUCAUUGGACGGCGACCUUCUUUGUUACGCCCUUUAUGUGCAUGCUCUACUGCAACUACUUGGGAACGCUCGAAUUGCUCGGUUUGCAUAUCAAUGGAAUUCUGUACAUCUGUGUGGUGGUUGCGGUCGGUCUUCUGGUUGAUUUCCUCAUGCACAUGCUUCUGCGUUACUAUGAGACCUCUGUGAGGAAAACUCGUGAUGAACGCGUGAAGGAGACUUUGGAAACCAUGGGUGCCAGUAUUCUUUUGGGAGGAUUCACCACUUUCUUGGGUGUGAUCCCACUCUGUUUCACGACAACUGCGAUCUUUCGGCUAGUCUUCUGGGCUUUCUUCGGCAUGAUUACAUUGGGAGUGCUUACUGGACUCAUCUUGUUGCCAGUCGUGUUGUCCCUCAUUGGCCCCACUACUGGAUUGGAGGAGCAUCAAUCUGCCGUCGCGGCUCAACGCGAGAAGCGUGACUCUCGUGUAGUAACUGUUGGCAGGAUGUCUUUGAUGGAACUUGCCGAGACCGAUGAAAGUGUGAUGAUGGCUUUGAGAGAGUACGAAGAGAUGGAGGAAUCCGACCGAGAGAUGUCUGGUCCACUUGUGAUCCCAAAGAGGCGAAACACCAUCACGGACGUCGAAUGCUGAGUUCGCAAGGAGACUUCCCCCCAGAAUAACGCAACGCUGGUGCCAUCUUGACCGUACAUACCGAUUCGCGCACCUUUUUACGUCCCCUACAUGUUUCUCCGAUUCGCCAAGUUCAUCUUCGUGGGCUGGCAAUGCGUACCGCAUGUGUAAUUCAUAUUUAAAAAAGUUAGGAACCACACAGGAAUACCUGUAAUCCGAUUCAG